AUGGGUAGCGGCCUCAAUGGCCAUGGCAACUGGAUGGAGCCAAGAAGGAAACAGUUUAGACAUUGGGCUCCGAAAUGGGACUCCUUUUCCACUUCGGGAUCUCUUAAUAGAGUAGAUUUUUCUAAAUUGUUGUCUCUUUACAUUUCUGACUUCCCAGAAAUCAUCAAAGCGAAGGAGUUGUAUGAUCUUUUCGGAUGCAUCGGCAAUGUGGUGGAGGUGUCUAUAGCCCCAAGAAGGAACAAAUCUGGGAAAAGGUUUGGUUUUGCGAGGUUUAGGGAUGUUGAAGAUGUGAGACGGCUGGAAAUCAGCGUGGACAAUGUGCAGAUAGCGGGUCACAAAAUUAUGGCUAAUAUUCCUAGGUUCGAACGGGUCAGACCUACGGUUCACAGGAGGCAGCAAGGUGCUAGGGGUUUUGGGGGAGAUUUGGAGGCGGGCGAAAAUUCGAAGAGGAAAUAUGGGUGGGGCUUCAAGGAUUCUUCGAAUGGUCGUUGGAACAGAUCUUUCGUGGAAGUAGUAACCAACAACCAGGAAGACAGGGCGAAGGCCGAGAAUGUUGUGGUGUCUUUCUCUAUUUCUGAAGUUGAUAUUCAGAGAUAUCGGAGAGCUUAUGUGGGGAGAGUGGUUCUGCUAGGAUCCACUUAUCAUAUUCAAACAAAGCUUGUAAUGGAAGGUUGUUUUAACAUUAAUGUCACACCUCUGGGAGCAUCUCUAUGUCUGCUAGAAGAAACAGAAGCUGGCACUAUUGCGGAUCUUGUCGAGGAAGGCGGAUUGUGGUGGAGGAAUUGUUUCGUGAAUGUUGUAAAAUGGGAGGAAGGUGUUAUGGAUGAUGAAAGAAUAGUGUGGUUGAGGAUUUUCGGUGUGCCUAUUCAUGCUUGGAAGGCUGAUUUUUUCCUGGCAUUGGCGAAUUCAAUUGGGAGAUUAAAGAUGAAGUUGUUCGUCAUUUUUCUAGCAAAUUCGAUGAUGAGGGGGACCUUGACACGACACUAG